AUGGUGGACCUGCUGGGCGGCCGGCGCCUGCUGACCCGCGAGGGCGCGGCGGUGGAGGCGGAGGCGGCGCUGCAGAACAAGGUGGUGGCGCUGUACUUCGCGGCCGGCCGCUGCGCGCCGAGCCGCGACUUCACGCCGCUGCUCUGCGACUUCUACACGGCGCUGGUGGGCGCGGCGCCGCGGCCUGCGCCCUUCGAGGUGGUCUUCGUGUCGGCCGACCGCAGCGCCGAGGAAAUGCUGGACUUCAUGCGCGAGCUGCACGGCGCCUGGCUGGCGCUGCCCUUCCACGACCCCUACCGGCACGAGCUGAAGAAGAGGUACAACAUCACCGCCACCCCCAAGCUUGUGAUCGUGAAACAGAGCGGGGAGGUCAUCACCAGCAGGGGGCGCAAGCAGAUCCGGGAACGGGGCCUGGCCUGCUUCCAGAGCUGGGUGGAGGCGGCCGACGACGUCUUCCAGAACUUCUCUGGUUGAAUCAGGAGACUCUCAGGAACCAGGGAGAGGGGCCGUGCCUGUAGCCCCGACGCCCGGGGCCCGACAGGAGCGGGCUGUUGCCCUUUCUCUCUCGACUUUCUGUCUGAAUUUCAGAGCAGAAGCCUUGCAAGACUGUAAAUACAGCUCAGGAACAGUCAGCACCCCCUCUCCCACCCUCUAUUUUGAUCCCCUCAGUUGCUUAGCCACUUAUUAGUCUUCGCACAGCUUUAUCCACCUGUGCCUAGCAGGGGUGGGAACCUCGGGCCUGCAGCCGUCUGCGCCCCUGGAAAUCAUUCGGUGUGGCCCUGCCAAGGCAGCUGCAGGCAAGACUCGGAAAUUCAGUCUGUAGCAGGCUCGUUUUCAAACGGAUCAUUUUGUAUGGCCUGCGAAUUAUGUUCUAAAUACCCAGAGGGCCACUGGCAAAGAAAAGAUUUCCCACUCCCCCACCCCCUAGACCCUUAUACAUUCACACCAAGCUAUCAGAAAUCUAUGCAAAACAUCUGUUGUACAGCUCUCUUCAGGUAAAAUGUCCUAUUUAUUGAUACUUUUCUGGCGGACUAUCAAUUUUAAUGAGACGCUUUCAUAACUAUUUAUUAAUACAGUUUGAAGACUCUGUGCUUUAAUAAACAAAC